UGUGUGAGUGGUGAUAGGGUGCAGUCUGACUGCUGAUAAACCUCUUCCAGCCCACUCAUGCUUGGUUUGGCUGCAGCAUUCAGCAGAAGUGGGUUGAUCAGAGCUGCAGACCCUGGCUGUCCAGGGUGAGCUGACCUUCUCCUGCAGCGAUGACAUGCAUGCAUUACCUGAGGGCUGAUGCUGCAACCAGUUUCUUGAGAGCUGCAAGAUCUGGGAAUCUGGACAAAGCCUUGGAUCACCUCAGGAAUGGGGUAGAUAUUAACACCUGUAACCAGAAUGGGCUGAAUGCCUUGCACCUGGCCUCCAAGGAGGGCCAUGUGAAAAUGGUGGUGGAGCUGCUGCACAAGGAGAUCGUUUUGGAGACAACGACCAAGAAAGGAAACACAGCCCUGCACAUUGCUGCCUUGGCUGGACAACAGGACGUGGUCCGGGAGCUGGUGAACUAUGGGGCCAACGUCAAUGCACAGUCCCAGAAAGGCUUCACACCUCUCUACAUGGCAGCACAGGAGAACCACCUGGAAGUUGUGAAGUUCUUGCUGGAAAAUGGAGCCAACCAGAACGUAGCCACAGAGGAUGGCUUCACUCCACUAGCUGUGGCUCUCCAGCAAGGACAUGAGAACGUGGUUGCUCACCUUAUAAACUAUGGGACAAAGGGUAAGGUCCGUCUGCCUGCCCUGCACAUUGCAGCCCGCAAUGACGACACUCGCACAGCUGCUGUGCUGCUGCAGAAUGACCCCAAUGCUGAUGUCCUCUCCAAGACUGGAUUCACCCCUUUGCACAUUGCAGCCCACUAUGAGAAUCUCAGUGUGGCCCAAUUACUCCUGAACCGUGGAGCCAGUGUCAACUUCACACCCCAGAAUGGGAUCACUCCCCUGCACAUAGCUUCCCGCCGGGGCAACAUCAUCAUGGUGCGGCUGCUGCUGGACCGCGGGGCCCAGAUAGAGACAAGGACCAAGGAUGAGCUGACCCCUCUCCACUGUGCAGCACGCAAUGGACAUGUAAGAAUUGCAGAGAUCCUCCUGGACCAUGGGGCUCCUAUUCAAGCCAAAACCAAGAACGGCUUGUCACCGAUCCACAUGGCAGCCCAGGGUGACCACCUGGACUGCGUACGCCUGCUCCUGCAGUACAGCGCCGAGAUCGACGACAUCACCCUGGACCACCUAACGCCUCUGCACGUGGCUGCACACUGUGGACACCACCGUGUGGCCAAGCUGCUGGUGGAGAAGGGGGCCAAGCCCAACUCCCGAGCCCUGAAUGGCUUCACGCCCCUCCAUAUUGCCUGCAAGAAAAACCACAUCCGUGUGAUGGAGCUGCUGUUGAAGACAGGUGCCUCCAUUGAUGCUGUCACAGAGUCUGGCCUGACCCCCCUGCAUGUGGCUGCCUUCAUGGGACACCUGCCCAUCGUCAAGACUCUGCUGCAGCGUGGAGCCUCUCCUAAUGUGUCCAACGUGAAAGUAGAGACUCCUCUACACAUGGCAGCCAGAGCUGGGCACACAGAUGUGGCAAAGUACCUGCUGCAGAACAAAGCCAAAGCCAACGCUAAGGCCAAGGAUGACCAGACUCCUCUGCACUGUGCUGCACGCAUCGGCCACACUGGCAUGGUCAAACUCCUUUUGGAGAACAACGCCAACCCAAACCUGGCCACCACAGCAGGGCACACGCCCCUGCACAUCACUGCCAGAGAGGGGCACAUGGACACAGCCCUGGCCCUGCUGGAGAAGGGAGCCUCACAGACCUGCAUGACCAAGAAAGGAUUUACCCCUCUCCACGUUGCAGCCAAGUAUGGAAAAGUGGAUGUGGCAGAGUUGCUGUUGGCACAUGACGCUCACCCCAAUGCAGCAGGGAAGAAUGGCCUGACUCCACUGCAUGUGGCUGUGCACCACAACAACCUGGAGAUUGUCAAGCUGCUGCUUCCCAAGGGGAGCUCCCCACACAACUCGGCCUGGAAUGGGUACACCCCCCUGCACAUCGCUGCCAAGCAGAACCAGAUGGAAGUGGCCAGCAGCCUGCUGCAGUAUGGGGCUUCUGCAAAUGCUGAGUCUAUGCAGGGAGUCACUCCCCUGCACCUGGCUUCCCAGGAGGGGCAUGCAGACAUGGUGGCACUGCUUUUCUCCAAACAAGCCAACGGCAACCUCGGCAACAAGAGUGGCCUGACUCCUCUCCAUCUUGUGGCUCAAGAGGGGCAUGUGCUGGUUGCUGAUGUUCUAGUGAAACAUGGAGUCACAGUGGAUGCAAUGACCAGGAUGGGCUAUACCCCGCUGCAUGUGGCCAGCCAUUAUGGGAACAUCAAGUUGGUGAAGUUUUUGCUGCAACACCAAGCGGACGUCAAUGCCAAGACUAAGCUGGGCUACACCCCCCUGCACCAAGCGGCACAGCAGGGCCACACGGAUGUGGUGACGCUGCUGCUGAAGCACGGCGCGUCUCCCAACGAGAUCAGCACGAAUGGCACCACUCCCCUGGCCAUCGCAAAGCGACUUGGCUACAUUUCCGUCACAGACGUGCUCAAGAUUGUCACAGAGGAAACCGACAUCCCGUCAGUUGGCGACAAGCACCGCAUGAGCUUCCCAGAGACUGUAGAUGAGAUUCUGGACGUAUCAGAGGAUGAAGGCACUGCUCAUGUCACAGUAAUGGAGGAAGAGCUGAUUGCACCAAAGCCCAAGACACCUGAUCUCAGAGACCAGGAAGGCAAAAGGGAGAUACUGGAGUUGAUGACCACAACGACACUGGAGCAAACGGUGGAGUCUCCAGCUGUCCUGCAGGUCCCCUGCGUCCCACCUGAAACUGUGGUGACCAGAGCUGAGGAGACUGAGCAGGUAGGACCUGUGGAGACAGAAGCUGAGCAAGUCAGCCUGCUGCAUGCACCCUCAGUGUCCCCACAGGAGCCCUCCAAAGAGUUCGACGAGGACUCUCUGAUCCCCAGCAGCCCUGCCACUGAGACCUCAGAUAACAUCAGCCCAGUGGCCAGCCCCGUGCACACAGGGUUCCUGGUGAGCUUCAUGGUGGAUGCUCGUGGUGGCUCCAUGCGGGGCAGCCGGCACCACGGUCUGCGCGUGGUCAUCCCGCCCCGCGCCUGUGCUGCUCCGACCCGCAUUACCUGCCGCCUGGUGAAGCCUCAAAAGCUACCUGCACCCCCACCACUGGCUGAGGAGGAGGGUCUGGGCAGUCGGAUCAUUGCUCUGGGGCCUGCUGGUGCCCAAUUCCUCAGCCCUGUCAUUGUGGAGAUUCCGCACUUUGCCUCGUAUGGACGUGGAGACCGUGAGCUGGUAGUGCUGCGCAGCGAGAACGGCUCUGUGUGGAAGGAGCACCGCAACCGCUACGAGGAGAGCUACAUGGACCAGCUGCUCAAUGGCAUGGACGAGGAGCUGGAGAGCCAGGAGGAGCUGGAUAAAAAGAGAGUCUGCCGCAUCAUCACCACUGACUUCCCUCUCUACUUUGUGGUCAUGUCCCGGAUUUGCCAAGACUGCGAUAUGAUUGGCCCUGAGGGAGGGUGUUUGAAAAGCACAUUGGUGCCCAUGGUACAGGCCACCUUCCCAGACACUGCUGUCACCAAAAGAGUGAGGCUGGCCCUGCAGGCACAGCCUGUGCCUGAUGAGUUGGUGACUAAGCUGCUGGGGAACCAAGCGACCUUCAGCCCCAUUGUCACAGUGGAGCCACGACGGAGGAAGUUCCACCGCCCCAUUGGCCUCCGGAUCCCACUGCCACCAUCCUGGAAGGACAAUCCCCGAGACAGUGGUGAGGGUGACACCACCAGCCUACGUCUGCUCUGCAGUGUGAUCGGAGGGACAGCCCAAGCCCAGUGGGAAGACAUAACAGGCACCACAAAGCUAGUCUAUGAAAAUGAGUGUGCUAACUUUACCACCAAUGUGUCUGCCAGGUUCUGGCUGGCCGACUGCCCACGCACAGCUGAGGCUGUGCACUUUGCCACCAUGCUGUACAAGGAGCUGACAGCUGUGCCCUACAUGGCCAAAUUCGUGGUGUUUGCCAAGAUGAAUGAUGCACGAGAAGGCCGGCUGCGCUGCUACUGCAUGACUGAUGACAAGGUCGACAAGACUUUAGAGCAGCAUGAGAACUUCACUGAGGUGGCCCGCAGCAGGGACAUUGAGGUGGUAGAGGGAAUGCCUUUGCACGUAGAACUCUCAGGGAACCUGGUGCCUGUCAAGAAGGCUGCUCAGCCCCGCACCUUCCUCUUCCAGUCCUUCCGGGAGAAUCGUCUUGUCAUUCCCAUCAAGGUCCGGGACAGCAGCCGGGAAGCCAGUGGCUCCCUGUCUUUCUUGCGCAAGGCCAUGAAAUACGAAGACCUCCAGCAUGUGCUCUGCCACCUGAACAUCAGCAUACCACCCUGCACCAAGGGAAGUGGCAGUGAUGAGCGAAGGAGGACACUAACACCAUUGUCUCUGCGGGAGCGAUACAGCAUUCUAAGUGAGACCAGUUUUGGCUCUCUGAGCAGCACAGACAAGGCAGACCAGAAGAUGGUUGACAUAGCAGAACAGCUGGGCCUCAGCUGGGCCGAGCUGGCACGUGAGCUGCAGUUUGGGGUGGAUGACAUCAACAGGAUACGUGUGGAGAACCCCAACUCCCUUCUGGAGCAGAGCAUAGCCUUACUCAACCUCUGGGCCAGCCGCGAGGGCAAGACUGUCAAGAUUGAGAACCUGUACACGGCGCUGAGGAACAUCGACCGCAGCGAGAUUGUCAACAUGCUGGAGGGCUCCGGUCGGCAGAGCCGCAGCCUGAAGGGAAGCUGGCGCUACACAGACAGAGACUACUCCCUCUCACCAUCCCAGAUGAAUGGUUACGCUUCACUGCAGGACGAGCUGCUGUCCCCUGCCUCCCUGCAUUACACACUGCCAUCCCCGCUGCGUGCCGACCAGUACUGGAAUGAGGUGGCCAUCAUGGAUGCUAUCCCCAUGGCUGCCACUGAGCAGGAUGCCCUGAUGGAGAUGUCCGACAUGCAGGUGUGGUCCUCGGGGCUCACCCCCUCGCUGGUGACUGCUGAGGACUCCUCUCUGGAGUGCAGCAAGGCUGAGGACUCGGAUGCCACAAGCGAAGGCCGGUUCCCAGGGCAACUUCUAGCAGAUGCUCAUGGCCCAGACCACAUGGGCUCUAUGGACCUGGUUGAGGAUGACACAGUGGACUCAGAUGCCAUGAAUGGCCUGAUUGACCUUCUAGAGCAGGAGGAGGGGCAGAGGCCAGAGGGGAAGAUGCCAUCUGGUGAUCAUCAACCAGGGACUGGGGAGCAGGACCCGGAGAGUGAAGUGUCUUUUGUUUCAGUUCAGGAGAAGGUGCAAGCCAGGAUCAUGACAUCACCUACCUUUAGCCACGAUGUGGAGAAGAGUGCAGACAGGCUGAGGGACUGGAAUGCAGAAGGCUCCUUUAUCUCCUGCCUACAGGACCUGACAGCGGGCUCCUGGCAGGAGGGAGUCACCCGAAGGCUGCUCCCAACGCACACCACAGCCUCUGGGGCACAGGGCCAGGAGCAAGAGCAGGUCCUGGUGCCAGCCACGGAGCUGAUGCGGAUCAGCUCUGCAGAGGACAGCGACUGGCAGCCUCAGCACCCCACUGGCGGCUGGCAGGAGGAGGCCGACAGCCGCUUCUUUGGGCAGGGGAAUGAAGCCCUUCAUCUCCCUGGAGAGCAGGUGACUGAGGAGCAGUUCACAGAUGAUCAAGGCAAUAUCAUCACCAAGAAGAUUAUCCGGAAGGUGGUGCGUCAGCUGGGCCCUGGUGACAUGGGUGACAGGCAGGAACAGGAGGAGCUGAUUCUGGAGGGCUCGCUACAGGAGCCCCAAGACCUGGAGGCUGAGGAUGACCACUUCAUGAAAUACUCCAUCUUGCACCGGGAUGGUCUGGGCGCCAAGGAGGAGGUGCGAGUGCGUGUCCCGAAACCAGAGGUCUCUGGGGGCAGGAUGGGGGCUCAGAUAGUGAAACGAGCCAGCCUGAAAAGGGGGAAGCAGUGACCCCUCAAAUGGCCUCUUUUGAGGAUCACACCUCAACACCAAAACACUGAACUUCACACACGUUCUGACACAUACCUGAGAAGAGAGGAGAGGAGAGGAGAGCAGAGAGUGGAGGGGAGCAGGGCUGGCUGUACAUGUUCCUAUAGGCUAAUGGCAUGAUUUCUGUAUGAGAUAUACUUACCGUCCUAUCCGCAUGACUGACUGACUGCAAGACGCAUGAGCUACAGUACUUAAAACAGAUGAGGGGCCUCCAUCCUUGCCCCGCUGCUGCCAGGAGCCCAGAGACAGCACUACACACCAGGGGCAUGCUCUCAGCUCCUUUGGGAGGCAAGAGUUGGAGUAGAAGAAAACGAGAGGGAAAGAGAUUCCACCUCCGUGUGAUU